AUGUCUGAUAUUUAUGAUAUCAUAAUUGACCUUUCUUUAGAGAAAAAAGAAAAGAGUAUUCUACGCACUCAUUUCUAUAAAAAUCCUCAAGAAAUAAAUAAAGUGAUGUGUGUACUUGAAAAAUGCCCAUCACCUGAGGAAAAAAUUGAAUUUUUAAGAAUGUCUUUCUUAACUUCUGACGACGGAAGUAAGCAUCAAGUUAGCGCAGUACCAAAAAGAAAGAAGUUUUCAAUAAAUAGUACAAUCAUGUCAUGGGAUCGUGAAAACGUCUAUUAUGUGAAUCCAUUAAAACAGAGCGGAGAAUUAAUUGAUUUGAUUUGUAAAGGUGACUAUGUGUUAUUACAUGGAGCGCGUGCCUCCGGAAAAUCCACUCGGACGAUGCAAGUUAUGGAUGAUCUGGAAGAAAAAGGAUACAUUUGUAUCUACGUGGCUUUUUGUGAUUUAACUGUCGACGAUGUUGAUCGAUUUUGGGAAAAUGUCGCCAUAAAUAUUAAAAUGAAUCUUGAUAGCAAGUAUACUGAGAAACAUAAGUUAGGGAAAAUAAAACAACAAGAACCGUUUGAAAUACCCACUAUGAGGACGCUCGAAGAUAUUAUGGAAAUUUUUGCGCUCACCGCAAAGAUUUGGAAUUAUUUUUAUGAAGAACCUUGCAAAAAAGUAGUUCUAUUCUUUGACGAGUUCGAUACUUUGCUCUCUCCCAAUAACGUUCAAGUCUGUAACUCGCUCCUGACAAACAUGCGCGUUAUUAAAACAAGCCCCUACUAUGCAAUAAAAUCUGUCGUCGGGAUCGGCACAUUCAGUAUACUAAAUUUAAACACUACAAAUCGGUCAGUAUCACCGUUCAACGUUAGUGAUGCUUUUCAAAAUCCAAAUUUUACCGAAGAUGAGGUCAGAUCAAUAUUUAAAGAGUUUAUGAAUGAUUACAGUAAAGAAAUUGAUGAUCAGGUCAUCAAGGAUAUCCACAUACAAACAAACGGACAUGCGGGACUUAUAAAUCUUUGUGGACGCUUAAUCGAGAGCGUGCCUAAUAAGCUGGAUUAUGCGUGUUGGAAACAUUAUGAACAUGAGAAAUUGGGAGUUUGGAUUUCAAAUUACCGUACAUUUAAAAGAAUGAUUGAUUCCCUAAAGAUGAAAGAUGCAAUUAGCGCUGUGAACCUUCUUCGUACUCGAUUUUUGGGUAAUUCCAGUGAUGUGAAAAUAAUGGAUAAUAAAGAACUUGAAUUAGCCAAGUUUCUAGUAUCUGAAGGUGUCCUCAUUCACAUUGAUUCCAAUACGUACAAAAUGUAUUCUUCUCUCUUGGAUUCACUUAUCAGACGAUAUGUAAUUGCCGACCUAUUUCCGCUCGCCCCAAAGAUUCAUGUCCCUAAACAAAAUGAUAAAUUAAAAACUUUAGAAGUUUUAAAGGAAGCAGUUCGCUUCUUCGAUAGAGAAAUUAUUUCUAGAGCAUUUCAUUACUCAUUUAAAACGGCACAUUCGACUGUCUGCAAGUGA